AUGCGCGGCCCAUGGUUCCCGCAGCCGUCGCGCGACGUGAGCUCACAAGUGACGGAUCUGCUGGGUCCGGGGAAGAUGGAGAGCGGAAUUGAAUUACAUUCCGGGGUUCCUGGGACGUGGCUGCUCGUGACCUUCUUCGAGCAGAGAGCAGGAGCCAUCGAGAGGCUGCAAAUACGUCGGCACAGUGCUUUGAUCGGAGCGGCCAAUCGCGUGGGCGACAUGCGCCUCCAAGAGCGACUGACCGGCGAAGCGCCCAACAGACGUGUCGACCCCUAG